UCGGAGGAAGAGGAGGAGUUGGAGGAGGAGAAAGCAGAGGAGGAGGAGGGGGGAUACCCAUCUCCCUCCUCCUCCUCCUCCUCCUCUCCUUCCUCCUUGUCCUCCUCCUGCUCUGUCCUCAUUCUGGUCCCCCUGGAGGAGGGGUCUGCUGCUGCCGGGUCCCCGAUUCCUCCCCAGAGCCCUCGGAGCUCCUGCCCCUCCCCCAGUGCCAUGGCAGGCGCUUCGGGGAGCCAGUCCCACCAGGGCUCCAGCAGCCCCGAUGAGGAGGGGUCGAGCACCUGGGGGGCCCCGGCAGGGGCCCAGGCCUCGCUCCCAGAUGCGCUCUGCGUGAAGGUGGCCGGCCUGGUGCUGCUUCUGCUCCUCAAGUAUCGCACCAAGCAGCCGACCACACGGGCGGAGAUGCUGGCGGCGGUUAGCCAAGAUGACCAGGACCGCUUCCCCGUGAUCUUCCGCCGAGCCUGCGAGUAUCUGCAGCUGGUCUUUGGAGUCGACGUGAAGGAAGUGGACCCCCGCGAGCGCUCCUACGUCCUGGUCAGCAUCCUGGGCCUCAGCUGCGAUGGGACGCCGAGUGGUAGGGACGGCAUGCCCAAGACCAGCCUCCUGGUGCUGGUCCUAUGGGUGAUCCUCCUGGAGGACGACCGUGCCCCUGAGGAGGCGGUGUGGGAAGCGCUGGGGGUCAUGGGGGUGUAUGCCGGCAGGGAGCACGUAUUCUAUGGGGAGCCCAGGGAGCUGCUGACCGAAGUCUGGGUGCAGGAAGGGUACCUGGAGUACCGGCAGGUGCCCGGCAGCGAGCCCGCACGCUACGAGUUCCUGUGGGGUCCCAGGGCCCACGCAGAAACCAGCGGCGUGCAAGUGCUGCAGCACAUCCUGGCGGUCAACAGCAGGCAGCCCGGGUCUCCGUGUCUGUCCGAAGACGCUGUGAGCCAUGAGGAAGAGCGGGCCUGAGCCCGAGGGGCAGCCGGGCCCGUUCCCACCUGGGGUCGAGCAGCUUCUCCUGCGGGACACGCAGCCAGGCCACUUCUCCCCUGCGAGUGCGAGCAGAGCGGGCGCUGGGCGUUUUUUCAGAUGUCGUUCCUUGUCAUAGAAGUUUUCGUGAGCUUCGGGCUCAGUGUGGGAGCGGCACCCACGCCACAGGUGUUCAAGAGUCAGAGUUGUGCCGUUUGGUGCAACGAGCUGGGAACCCUUCCGUCCUCGUUCGGGAUCCAGAAGGGAAUCGCGGUGCCUGGGCUGGGCACAGACAGGGAUGUCUUGCAAACGUGAAGACCCUGGCAGUAAACGGAUGGUUUCAGGACAUGGAGAAAUAAAAGAUGUUCGUUCUUGC